AUGGAUUUAGCACAAGUACUACACAUGAAUGGAGGUGUGGAAGAAGCAAGCUAUGCAAACAACUCCCUAAUUCAGAGAAAGGCCAUUUCUUUGACUACAUCUUGUAGAGUUAAAACCAUAACAAAUUUAUAUUGCACUUUGAAUCCUAAAAGUUUAGCAAUUGCAGAUUUGGGUUGCUCUGUCGGACCAAACACAUUGUUGGUGACCUCGGAAAUUAUUAAGGUUGUUGAAAAACUUUGUCAAGAGUUGAAUCAUCAAUCUCCCGAAUAUAAGGUUUUUUUGAACGAUUUACCGGGAAAUGACUUCAACAGCAUAUUCAAAUCCCUUGACAUUUUCAAAAAAAAGUUACGUGAUGAAAUGGAAACUGAAAUCGGUCCUUGCUACUUCUCUGGUGUUCCCGGUUCCUUUUAUGGUAGAAUUUUUCCUAAUAAGAGUUUGCAUUUUGUUCACUCUUCAUAUAGUCUUCAUUGGCUAUCUAAGGUUCCACGAGGUGUAGAUGAUAAUAAGGGCAAUAUUUAUAUCACGAACACAAGCCCCUCAAAUGUUCUCGAGGCUUAUUACGAGCAAUUUCAUAUAGAUUUCUCUCUUUUUCUAAAGUGCCGUGCCGAAGAAAUAGUUGAAGGGGGUUGCAUGAUUCUAACAUUUUUAGGAAGAGAAAGCGACGAUUUAUUAAGCGACAGUCGUUCACCUUGUUACGCUUGGGAGCUUUUGGCUACAGCUCUUAAUGAUAUGGUCAUGCAGGGAAUCAUAGAAGAAGAGAAACUCAAUGCUUUUAACAUUCCAAAUUAUUAUCCAUCUCCAUCUGAAGUGAAAUUGGAAGUUGAAACUGAAGGAUCAUUUUCCAUCAAUCAGUUAGAGGUAUUUGGAGUAAAUAUGCAUGCCCUCGAUUCUGAUUUGUCUGAAUUACUCGCAAAAGGUAUAAGGGCUGUGAUUGAACCUUUGUUAAUUAGUCAUUUUAGUGAAGGUGUCACUAAAGAGGUAUUUGAACGCCAUAGAAAAAUAUUAACAUAUGGAAUAUCCAAAGAAAGAACUAAGAUCACAAAUCUUACUGUGACAUUGACUAGGAAAUCAUGA